CAAAGGAAGCCUUCGCCCAAUACACUCAUCUAUUCAGGUCAAGAAAUUCCAAUCCGUUAAGCCAGUUCGACACUUUGACCGAUCACAAACCAAGGCAGGGAGCCUCUAACGCCUCUUCAAUUCUGUAGUUCUCGCGAUGCCUCUCGCCACCCUAAUCGAAACGAAACUAACGCACCUUGUGGACCUCCGAGCAUACAAUGAAAAACUACCGGAAUCAAUUUCCUAAUUAAGCGUGCUCCGAACGUUAAGGAAUCAAUAGAACAUCACUGAAUCAGUACGAACAAGCAUGGUCGGUUAUUAAGACUCGUACGGUCGCUUUUUCGUGACCCAGACCCGGGAAAUAGGGGGAGAAAGAAGUGAAAUUAACGGGAAAAUGUGUCUUGAGUACCCCGGCCGGAUGUGAUGAAAAAUACAUUAAAUGUUACCGCUUGUGCGGCCAUCCUCAGAAGUGUGAACUGGGCUGACUCCCACUUGCUCGUUCAGCUUUUCGCUCUGGCCCUCCUUAAUGUGAUGGUCAUCGCCGGAAACUGUUUGGUGAUUGCUGCUGUUUUGUACUCCUCCAAACUACACUCCGUCACCAACCUUUUCAUCGUUUCUCUCGCCGUGGCCGAUCUUCUGGUGGGGGUGGCAGUUUUGCCCUUCUCGACUGGGAGAGAAUUGUUCAAGGUUUGGAUAUUCGGCAAUGUCUGGUGCAAGAUCUGGUUGGCGCUGGAUGUUUGGAUGUGCACGGCCAGCAUAUUGAACCUAUGUGCCAUUUCUCUGGACAGAUAUGUGGCUGUCACUAGACCGAUCACUUACCCCAGCAUUAUGUCUAGAAAGAGAGCGAAAUGGCUUAUAGCCGGUCUAUGGAUCUUGAGCUUCGUCAUAUGUUUUCCACCACUGAUAGGUUGGCGAGAUAAGGUACAAGAGGAUGACGCUCCGCACGAAACGUCGACCAUGGAGCACACGACGCCCAGCGCCGCGGCGUCCGCCGCGACGCCCCAGGAACAGCAACUGUGUCCCUGGAAAUGCGAACUGACUAACGAAGCCGGCUACGUCGUCUACUCCGCUCUGGGCAGCUUCUAUUUGCCGAUGUUCGUGAUGCUCUUCUUCUAUUGGAGGAUCUACAGAGCGGCCGUCAGGACUACUCGUGCGAUUAAUCAGGGAUUCAGGACCACCAAAGGCUCCAAGGGUCUCAGAAACAGAUUUGACGAGCAACGCCUCACUCUGCGAAUACACAGGGGUAGGGGUUCUACAGAACGUCGCCAUCAUUGCACUGGAUCUCCCCACAGCAACGGAAGUAGCAGCACGUUGACCACCCUAGGCAGUGGCAGUCCCAGCCCUUCGAACAGGAGGCACGAAAGGAUAAAAAUUAGCGUCAGCUAUCCGUCUAGCGAAAACCUAUCCACCCUCAAACCGACACCUCCAAAUCACCUGCCAGUGGUGAUGUCGACCUCGCCGAGUAGCUACACUGUGAGAUAUUCCGUCAACGGUGACAAGAUGGAUGAAAAUUCUUCCAGGAGUGAUGGCAGGCUUAGGGUGCAUCGUGGAGGAUCCUCUAGAAGAGCUCUCACUCCAAACAGCGACAUAGUAAGCUUGGAAAGACCCCCCACAUCCCCGUCAACGGUAAGCGAAGACGGCCGGACCAAACUGAUCUCGAGGAAAAUGGGUAAACGCAACAUAAAAUUCCAAGUGAAACGUUUCAGGAUGGAGACCAAGGCCGCCAAGACCCUCGGCAUAAUAGUGGGUGGUUUCAUCCUGUGCUGGCUGCCGUUCUUCACCAUGUACCUGAUACGCGCCUUCUGCGAGGACUGCAUCCACCCGCUAGUUUUUUCUGUGUUAUUCUGGUUAGGUUAUGUAAAUAGUGCCAUAAACCCCCUGAUUUACGCGCUGUUCAGCAAGGAUUUCCGGUUCGCCUUCAAACGGAUCAUCUGCAAGUGCUUCUGCAAAGGUGGCAACGGCAAGGGGUCGAGGAGAGGCUCGGCUGGAUCACAGCUGCAAGAGAGGCACUUCAGGUCAGCCAGCUACAACAGGCAGGGUAAUUCCCUGGGCGAGGAGAGCGAUCCAGGGGGAGAUCCCUCUGACUCCAGGUGACAAAUAAAGGGAAUGUCGGCUAUUGGUAAGCUGGCAUUCGGUAUUAAUGACUUGAUGUUCAAAGUGAAGAUGAACGAUUGAACUGUUGGCAACUAAAUAUGUAUGUAUUUAUAAAUAGGUCUAUUUGAUGUAAUGAAAUACGCUCUCAUGCCCAUUUGCACAGACUUAUUUAAGAUAUAUAGGCUAAACGUUAAAGUGAUUGCUAUGGUAAAUGCUAUAAAAUUCAGAGAAAUAAAUAAGCCUUAACGUUAAGCCUGCACUAAGUCCGUGCAAACAGGCAUAAGCUCCUUAUAUGUCUGAUCUUCAAUGACAUCUGUUUUCAUCAGUGACAUAUAGUAUACGGUGUAAACGAAUACUUGCGAAAGAAUUUAAGGGGUGAAUCCUUGUCAACAAAUGGUGUAGGUCCUGAAAUUUUUCAAAACUAUACAUAUACACCCUAUAUAUGUCGGUACUUCGAUUUCAGGAAAAAUCAAUAAUUUCAUAGCUAUAAAUGCCAUAAAAUCAUUUUCUAUGGAAGAUUGCAGAACACCUCUUCGAAAUAAAAUCUAAGCUACUAUAUUUACAUAAAAGCAAAAAACCUGAAAUAUGUACAAAAUUUUAACAAAAUCUUUGGAGAUGAUCAUAAAACUGCCGAUGAACUUGCUUCGAUCACAAACUGUUGCUUAGACCUGCUAUGAAACGAUACCUACCUAUUUCAAAAAAUUCUCUCUUUACUUAUUUAUAUAUUUUUUUAUUUCCUGAACAUAUGUCCUUUAAUUCUCGAUAUUUUUCUUAUAUUUGUCUUAGAUCAAAUGACCCUAAAGGCAAGUUUUAUCUUCUGAAUGGAGUUUUCCAACUAUGUUCGAUCAAUCAAUUUUAUUACU